AGCUGACCCCGGCCCUCCCGUUCAUUUCCGGUGUAGCACUCAGAGACGCGAAGCCCAGGCCACGACAAUCACCCCUCAGGUCGCAGAGACGCGAGCCCGGCCACGACGACCCCUCAGGUACCGAUGUUUUCAGAAACCGUCAAACAGAUUGGGUGGCUCUUCCCUGGGGGCAGGUUUCUGGGCAGGUGCCCAGACGCGCCUAGAAGCUGACCCCGGCCCUCCCGCUCAGUUCCGUUCCAGGCCGCAGAGACGCGAAGCCCGGCCACGACGACGACCCUUCAGGGGCCCUGUUUUCUGUUACAAUGGAUCGAGAUUUAGAACAGGCUCUGGAUCGCGCAGAGAAUAUCACUGAAAUUGCCCAACAGAGACCUCCUAGGAGGAGAUACUCACCUAGGGCGGGAAAAACUCUACAGGAAAAACUUUAUGACAUUUAUGUUGAAGAAUGUGGAAAAGAGCCUGAGGAUCCUCAGGAAUUGAGAAGCAAUGUAAACUUGUUAGAAAAGCUUGUUAGGAGAGAUUCCUUGCCAUGUUUACUGGUCAAUCUAUACCCAGGCAAUCAGGGGUAUUCUGUGAUGCUCCAGAGAGAAGAUGGGUCCUUUGCAGAGACCAUUCGGCUGCCUUACGAAGAAAGGGCAUUGCUCGACUACUUGGAUGCAGAAGAAUUACCCCCUGCUUUGGGUGAUGUCCUGGAUAAAGCUUCGGUUAACAUUUUUCAUAGUGGGUGUGUCAUAGUAGAAGUUCGUGACUACAGGCAGUCCAGUAAUCUGCAACCUCCUGGUUACCAAAGCAGGCAUAUUCUCCUACGUCCAACGAUGCAGACCUUAGCCCAUGAUGUGAAGAUGAUGACAAGAGAUGGCCAGAAAUGGAGCCAGGAAGACAAAUUUCCGCUUGAGAGUCAACUGAUCUUAGAGACAGCUGAACCACUGUGUCUCGAUCCUUCUGUAGCAGUCGCCUGCACUGCAAACAGGCUGCUGUACAACAAGCAAAAGAUGAAGACUGACCCGAUGAAACAGUGCCUCCAGAGGUAUUCGUGGCCCUCUGUAAAGCCACAGCAGGAGCAGUCUGACUGUCCACCUCCUCCUGAGCUGACAGUGUCGACUUCUGGCCAAAAAGAAGAAAGAAAAGCAGGUCAGCCUUGUGAGCUGAACAUUGCUAAAGCAGGAAGUUGUGUAGACACAUGGAAACGCAGACCCUGUGAUUUGGCCGUGCCUUCAGAAGUGGAUGUGGAGAAACUUGCUAAAGGGUAUCAGUCCGUCACAGCUGCUGACCCACAGCUCCCAGUCUGGCCAGCCCAGGAGGUAGAAGACCCUUUCAGAUUUGCAUGGGAAGCUGGCUGUCAGGCCUGGGACACCAAGCCAAACAUCACGCAGUCGUUUAAUGAUCCGGUUUUCAGUGGUGAAAUAUGGCCACAUAAAAAAGCCAGGCAGAAGAGCCAGAAGUCUCCCUGGCAGCCCUUCCCAGAUGACCAUUCAGCUUGUCCCAGGCCUGGGUCAGAGACUGAUGCUGGGAGGGCAGUGAGUCAGGCCCAGGAAUCAGUGCAGAGCAAAGUCAAAGGUCCAGGCAAGAUGUCACACAGCUCCAGUGGCCCAGCCAGUGUCAGUCAGCUCUCUCCAUGGAAAACACCAGAACAGCCUGAUCCUGUGUGGGUCCAGUCUUCAGUAUUGGGGAAGGGAGAGAAACAUCCACCUCCCCACACCCAACUUCCCUCAAGCUUGGGAAAGAUUUCCUCAGGUAACAGUUUUCCCCCACAACAGGGAAGCAGCCCUCUUAAGUCUCCAUUUCCUGCUGCUGCUGCUCCUGCUCCUGCUGUAGCUGCUGCUGCUGCUGCGGCGGCAGCGGUGGGGGCGGCAGCGGUGGGGGCGGCACCAAGUCAUUCUCAGAAGCCCUCUGUGCCUCUCAUUAAAGCUAGCAGGCGCCGUCCAGCUGCCCGGCCCCUCACCAGAUUCGUAAAAAUAGCCCCAGCCAUUCAGGUCAGGACAGGCUCCACUGGCCUAGAGGCCAUCAAUGUGGAGGGCCCAGUCCGGGGAGCCCAGGCUUUGGGGAGCAGUUUCAAGCCUGUGCAGGCCCCUGGCUCGGGUGCCCCCGCUCCUGCAGGAAUCAGUGGCAGUGGCCUUCAGUCCUCAGGAGGUCCACUACCAGAUGCAGGGCCCGGUGCAGUGCAGGCAUCUUCUCCAGCACCCCUUCAGUUUUUCCUAAAUACUCCCGAAGGUCUCAGGCCUCUGUCACUCCUCCAGGUUCCGCAGGGCUCGGUUCUGACCGGCCCACAGCAGCAGUUCCAUCAGCUGGUUUCCCUGCAGCAGCUCCAGCAGCCCACAGCUGCUCACCCUCCUCAGCCAGGGCCACAGGGUUCCGCAUUCGGUUGGAGCACUCAAGGGCAGGCCUUUCCUGCUCAGCAACUUCUUAACGUGAACCUCACUGGAGCAGGUGGUGGUCUGCAGCCCCAGCCCCAGGCUGCUGUGUUGAGUCUGCUUGGCUCUGCCCAGGUUCCUCAGCAGGGUGUCCAGCUCCCCUCUGUCUUGAGGCAGCAGCCACAGCCGCUGCUGCUGCUGCUGCAGCAGCAGCCACAGCCGCUGCAGCCACAACCACAGCCACAGCAGAACCAGCUCCAGACACAGCCUUUGAGAGUCCUGCAGCAGCCAGUGUUUUUCGCAACAGGUGCUGUUCAGGUAGUGCAGCCACAUCCAGGUGUGCAAGCAGUGAGCCAGUCGGUAGGUCAGACAAAGGGAGGCAAGCCAACCCCUCCAGCGCCCUGAGGCUUGUGGUAGUUUGUCUCUCUUUUAAAAGCACAGGAGCACUGACCCAAAUGAAUUCCCAGUUUUUACUUGAGUUUUGUUUUUUUUCUCAUGUUUUGGUAUUUUACAUUUUAAAAUACACAUUUUACACAGAAGCACAAUCCACUGAUUUUUAUUUAGAAACGGAAGUGAUUUCCUAAAGGGGCAUUGUUUUGCUUAAGUUACUCCUUUUGUUGUCAUUGCUGUUGAUAUAAUUAUUUUUAAUAUAGUAUUUUACAGUGUCCAAAUCCUAACCAGGUUGAGUUUAAACUUGUGAAGCAUAUUUCUCUAGAGCCAUCAAAUGGCAAUACCAACAAUGUUGUUAAUAUUUUAACAAGAUUUUAAUUUUAAGUUAAUAUUUUAACAAGAAGAGCGUGAUUUAAAAUUUUUAAUGGUGAUAAAAACAUAUAAUCUAAAAUGGACCACCUUCACUAUUUUAAGUGCACGGUUCAAUAGUAUUAAGUCCACCCCCACGGUUGUGCCGCAGAUCUCAAGACCAUCUUGCAACACUGAAACUCAUGCCCGUUGAACACCAGCUCCCCAUUCUCCCUCAUCCAGUCCCUGGCAGCCAUUGUUCUACUUUCUUUCUCUAUGAGUUGACUACCCUGGCCAUUUCAUGGAAGUGGAAUCAUAUGGCAUUUGUCACUUGGUGAGUGGCUUAUCUCACUUGGCAUAAUGUCCUCAUGAUUUAUCCCUGCUGUCUCAUGUGACAUGAAGGUCAUUGCUUUUUAAAAAUGGUCUCACUGUACAUAAUAUAUAUGAAAGUGACCUAUGAACUCUGAGAAACCUCUUUCAGAAGAGUGUAAUUGUAUUUCCAUUAAUAGGUUUAUGCACAAUAUAUGGAAUGGAAUUAUUACACAUUCAUUUUGAAAAAUGAAAAGAAAGUACAGUACAGUGAUGCUUGUCACACUGCAAUUGAGUACAUAGAAGACCUCCAAAGCUGUGGAAUGGAAUUAGUGGCAGAUUUGCUUGUGUGACAGUCCCCUGCCCUUUCAAAGGCCCUGUCUGCACCUAGUGCUCCACAGAGCAAGGCUUUCUCACUGGCUUUGAAAAGGCUCUUUUUGGAUGUUUUGUGUGCUCUCUUUACAAAAUCAUUUACAUUUUUUGUAGGUUGUUUGCAAGAAGUUAAUAGCGAAACAUUUGAAAAUCCAUUUUAUUGGUUUGCUUUUCAAAUAUUUGUAGCCUUGUUUCUUAAGUAGAACCCCCGUCUUUGUCUUUUUCUCUUUGUUGAUGCAUCAUCAUCAGUUGUUCAGCUGUUUCUGCUCCCUCAUUUUUUCCCUUGUUCCAGUGAGACUCAAAGAACCAUGAACUUUUGUGCCCUUUUGUUUUCCCUUUCUUUUUUCUUUUUUAACAACUAAGGGGUAAUCACAGAACAACCAACCAUUGUAAAGUACAAUUGUAAAGUGGCAUUUAGUACAUUCAUGAUGUUGUACAACUACCACUUCUGUUUCCAAAACAUUUUCAUCACCCACCAAGAAAUCUGUGUACCCAUUAAGCACUAGCUUGUCAUCUUCACACCCCCAGCCUCUGGCAACCACCAAUUUGCUUUCUGUUUCUAUGGAUUUACCUAAAUAUUUCCUGUAAAUGUAGUCAUACAGUAUGUGAUCUUUUGUGUCUGGCCUCUUUCACUCGGCAUAAUGUUUUUGAAGUUCUUCCAUUUUGUAAAAUGUAUUGCUACUUCAUUCCUUUCUGUGGUUCAAUAACAUUCCAUUGUUUGUAUAUAGCACAUUUUUGUUUAUUAAUUCUUCUGAUGAUGGACACUUGGGUUGUUUCUACCUUUUGGGUGCUGUGCAUAGAGCUGCUGUCAACUUUCAUGUACAAGCAUCUGUUCUAGCACCUCAUAUUUUGCUCUGUUAAAACCUUGAAGGGCACCCUAUGUAAUACUAGUUUUUCUAGGUACGCAUGUAUAUUUCUCUGUUUUUUGCCUUAACAAAAUAGAAGGAAAUUUGAUCUGGCAUUCCAAAAGACAUCAGUAAAGAGACAGGUAUCCAGUGAAUCUUACUUGAUGAACCCUUUUACUAAUGUGCUACCGAUGCUGUUAAAGAUUUGACCAACUUCAAGCAAACACAUCGAAUUUCCUAAGUGACACCAAGUCCAUCAGAGCAGCCUGGACAUAAUUGGGAAUGGUGCCUGCACUUUUAAGAAGCGAACGAGUGCAAUGACCAGUUGUAGAGAAGAGUUUAUGCAUGGCCUUCAGAGCUAAGCAGUGACCUGAAUUCAGUAUGUCACCAAAUUUGGCGUGCUUUCUCCUUUGCCCCCUGCUUCUUUCAAGUAGGACAUGGAGACAACAGCCAAAUUUGUGCUUCAGUGAUGUGACCUUCCCUUCCCAGGCAGGCAAAUAAAUUGAGUUUUGUUUCUGAUUAUCA